CUUCUCUUCCAGAUAAAGCUCAAAUCAACGACGCAUUCUCACACAGUAGGCUUCAAUUUUGUGAAAUGGAAGUGUGACAAUGAGUAAGAAAAAGGAAAAAAGUUUUCUCUUCGAGACUGUGAGUGGUAAGAAUGAUGGAAAUAGUGGCAAAAGGAUGAGGGAAUGUAGAGGAAGUUGUGGCUUCUUGGGUGCUCUGAAAUCCCUGCUACGUCAUAGCAUCACGACAGGAGCCACAUCAGUAACAAUUCGUAUCGAUUUGGAGUAUCCAUAUCUGCAAAUUGCUGACAAUGGUGUGGGCAUCUCGAAGAGUGAAAUCGGUGAAAUUGGGAAAACAACUUUUCUCGAUUUAAUUACGGCCGCUGAAGAAGUUUUAAUUGAAACAAUGACGAUGUCUAUGGAAAAAUCUACUGUAAUGAAAUUCCGCAACAAAGUUUUAUUGGUGCCCAAAAACACGGAGGUACUUAAGGCUGGAGAAGAAACCUUUGACUGGCUCCAACCCUCAUCACCAUCUCCAUGGGUGGCCCCAAAAGCAAUUUCAUGUACAAUUGAGAGUCCACGUCAUCAAAGACAUUCCGUUGGGACAACUUUUACAUUGACAAAUAUCCAAUUAUCAAUUAUGGAGAAAAUUGAGCAAUUGGACAAGAAAAUUGUCAAUUUCGUCAAACAUUUUGCCAUUGUUCAUUAUCAGAUGUCCAUCACCCUCAAGAACAUCAAAGGCAAUAAACUCAUCUUCGGCGCCAAGAAGACAAAAUCAAUUACCGAGAGAGUCACGUCAAUUUUCAAUUUGGCUGAUAUGGAAUUCAAUUCGAUAGUCAAAUCCAGCAACAAUAUUACAAUUGAGGCAUAUUGGGGAACAAAACUCUAUCAUUCAUCAGCCAUUCAGUUUGUCUUUAUCAAUGGGCAACCAUGUUCCAAUAUACGUCUCUUGAAGACCAUCAAGAAGGAAUGGAAGUGUGAUACUAAGAAGAAGUAUCCUGUAUAUGUACUGUGCAUCACAAUCAGAGCCAUUGCCAAUGGCAAUAUCGACAAAAUAUCUCAUGAUUCUGUCAUCAAGGAUUGCAUUCGAGAAUGUGUGGCUAAAAGUGGGGGAUUCAAGGAGGCAGGAUAUAUAUCUUCUGAUGACGAUGACUUGCAAACCACCAUGAAAUCCGUCUACUGUCGACCUCAAUUCUUUUGGGAAACUAAGCAGCACAAAAAGAAAAAGUCUUCUUUGCAGAAUAAGGAAGAUCUGGAAAUUUUCAAAUUGCCAUCACCUCGAGAAAUAGAGGAAAAUCACAAAAGACCCUGUGAAACAUCAAUUCUGGACAAGCAUACCAAAACACCAGAAAAAUCCAUCACAAAUCUCACUGUGAGUGAGAUUCAUCCAAGGAGUUCCAGGAGGUAUUUCAUAUCUCAAACUUCAUCACCAUUUUUUCCAGCUUCUUCCUCAAAAUCGAUCACUCUGCCCUCUCAAAAGUUCAUCAAUCAAUCCCUAUUUGUUGGUCACUUGGAAGAAGAAACAAAAAGGCUUCGGAACGAAGUGAACUACCUCAGAAAUUCCAAAGCCACUAUCGACGAGCUGAAGAAGAGACGAGAAGAGGAUCAAAGGAAAAUUGAACAAUUAACGAGAGAAAAUCAUAAGUUGAUCUCCAGUCAAAAGAGCCCCAGGGAUUUGCCUUUUCAUGAUGACGGCAGUGAACCAAAAAGACACAGAUUAGCACCAUCUCACGAAUGGAAACAUCCUGAACCCCAGUCUGGCAGCUCCACCACCAUCCACAUUUAUAAUUACAAUCAACUUACGGUUUUAAAUGGACAUCAAGGACCCGGAUACAGUGGUCAAAUUGACAAUGGCAAUAACUCUUUCAAAUCCCAGCUUUAACUAAAUGCUCUCCAGGUGAGAUUAGAGGAAAUACUCGGGAAGUAUUUCACAAGAAUGUGGUACAUUGCUUCAUUAUGACGUCAGCAUUUAUAAUUUGCAUUGUGUUCUGCUGAUCAAGAAUAAAAAAAGAAGCGCCCGGAAACAUCAAAUCAAUAAAGAAGUUAAAAUGAAGUUUAAUGUAAUAAUUGAAUAAAAUUUCUGUACUAUUAA